GAUCUCAGAAGCUGCAGGCUGAUCGUCAGUCAGGAGGACAGCCAGAUAACAGAACAGCAGGGAUCGUUAUUUUAACAACUGGGACUGUGGCGAAAGCGACGGAGAUCAUAACUACAUUGGCAUUUUCUGCUGUGUUACCCUGACAGGAAAGCAACCCGGGACCAUCUACGGUUUCUGUCUCUUUUUUUGUUGGAAGGAGGACUUGCUUGUGCUUUGGAACUCCACUGGAACAGCGUCCAGCUCGCCCCGCUAACAUGCAACCCUGCGCCUGAAAUUGCUCCUGGACUCCCGGAUAAAUCCAGCUGGAUCGCCGCGCAGACCGAAGCACUCCAGCGCCCUGUAACCCCCAAGUAUUGUAAAUGUAGCCGAAGCUAUGCGGCGCUUUCGUUUCGCAGAGCUACCCGGUUAGCUAGCUAGCUAGCGAGCGAGCUAGCUCGUCUGUCCAGCGCCGAGCCGGGGACGCGGCGCUGAAGGUCGGCGUGCGCGCAAACGCCAUGCCGCUGGCCGACAGAGGCCUACUGGUAGUGGUAGAGUUUGGCUCAGCUAAGGCUGGCUGGAUGUAGCAGGCCGCCGCGGGGUCUCCCCCAUUAGAUUAGCCACAGGUGUUAAACGUAAGCUCCCCCGCGAUCCAGCUGAAAACCAAAACCCCGCGGGGAGGCUCGGUUAGCUGGAAGCCCCACAUGUAAACAAGCCUGGCAGCGAGCCGCCGAGAGGCUGCCACCGCGCAUUCCACAUAAUCCCGAGUGGUUUUCUGUCACGGCGGCGCUAGGUGUUAAAGUUAAGCUCUAAGUUGUGUAAUGGGCUCAGAUGUUGCUGAUCUGCGGCGCUGUCAGACGUACCAGCCAUUCAUCCAUGAUUGAUGGCCGUCAGGAAGCAGACUCUGUUAUUCAGUGUCACUCAAGCCAAGCCACAGCGUUCUGCCACUAACACUUUCUGCUUUAUGUAGGGUCUGCCCUAACCAGGUAAGGGGCGCACUUUAUUUUAAAGCCCCACUGACCUGACCUGGACCCCCCCCCCCCCCCCUCAGGGGAACAUGAGGGACUGUCUGUUUGCUCUGAGCCAGCACCCAAGUAGCUUCAAGGACUGAUCCAAGCCCAACAGAGAGCCCCAUUGUGUGGACCUGCAAGCUGAAGGGGGCAAAGAGAUGGUGGGGAUGAUAAGAGAGGCCCAGUGACUGUGUGUGUUGACUCCCGCACCAGGAAGCAGAGGCAGGGCAGACAUGAGCCUCCGCCAGCCCACAUCCACCCUGGACAGCCCCUUUGCUGCUUGGUUCAACAGUCUGACGAUCGGCGACUCGGAGCGCAGGGCCCCCGCGAGCCAACAGAGAGAGCUGACGGUCGACGACAGUGCAAGUCCUGGUCUGGUCCAGAGGUGCGUGGUGGUGCAGAAGGACCAGCUCGGUUUCGGCUUCACCGUCUGUGGCGAGAGGGUCAAGCUCGUGCAGAAUGUGCGACCAGGUGGCGCUGCAGUCAAAGCUGGGGUACAGGAGGGCGACCGGAUCAUUAAGGUGAACGGCUCUCUGGUGUCCUCCAUGACUCACCAGGAGGUGGUAAAGCUCAUAAAAUCUGGACCGUAUGUCGCACUGACACUACAAGGACCGGCCACCUCAGCCACCUCUCAGCCCCUGGAGCCCCUCCCUACAGACCCUGCACCCAAUCACAGGUCGGCUCUGGCUGGGGAGGGUCCGCCGCCGCCACCUCCACCCUUACCGUCUGGACCGGGUAGCACCGCAUCCCAAAGAAUCACCGGACCCAAGCCGCUACAGGAUCCAGUGGUGCAGAAACAUGCAAGUCAGAUACUCAGGAAAAUGCUGGAGCAGGAAGAGGCUGAACUCCAGGUCUUGAUGGACGAACGGCUGAGAAACCCGUCGCCGUCGCUGGAGGAGCGGAUAGAAAGUGCCAAGAGGAGAGCUCACCAAGUCAGAGUCAAGAUUCAGAAUCAGGAGGGAACGCGAUCAGAAUCUGUCACCAGCUACAUCCAAGCAGGAGAAGGACGGCUGUCGAUGGACUCCAGCGAGGGAGACUCAGAGUCCGGCUUCUCCCAGGCCUUUGAGACUCCCACCUCCUCCCCCUCAUUACCCUUCAGGAUCACCCAUCACCAACGCCAGAACUCGGACUCACACAUCCCGUCUGACACGGUUGUAAAGAGCCAGAUCAUCAGCCCGGAGGAGGAAGAUGAAGAUGGCUACGCCUUUAACGAGAUGGACGGUCCCUUCCAGGACAUCGAGCUGUUGAAGUCCCGGCCGGCUCACAUGACAGUGUUCAUGAGAUACGUCUUCACCCAGCUGCUGGACCCCAACCCUCUGCUGUUCUACCUGUCUGUCGAAGCUUAUUUAGGCUCCAGUCCUAAAGACGCUCGAGCUCUUGCACCUCAGAUCUGCUCCCAUUUCCUGGAUCCAGACGCACCUUUGAAAAUCAAAGUGCGAGAGGAAUAUCUAACAGAUAUAGAGACUCGCCUUCACGCCCAGGAGGACAUCAGAGGUCCUCUGUCUGAGCUGCAGCAGCAGGUUCUGCCGGACAUCCAGGAGCAGAUCCUAGACUACAGGAGCAAGCAGAUGAUGGGUCUGGGCUCUCUGUUUGGGGAGGGAGACCUACUGCAGCUGGACGGAGACCCCCUGAAGGAGAGACAGGUGGUGGACAGACAGGUCACCGCCCUCUGGGAGAUUCUAUCAAAGCAUGAAGAGGACAGGAGUUCUCCUCUGGCCUCGGCCGUCGUCCUGUACCUGCGGCAUUCUGGCAUCAAGCUCAGGGACUCCAAGGUCUUCCCCGGCCUGAGCACAGAGAAGGAGAAGUGGCUGGCUUUUCUAAAAUCCAAGAAGCCCAGCAGUGUAAAGAAAGACAAAGAUGGAGACGAUAAAAGGAGAAACCCCAUCCUGAAGUACAUCGGCAAACCCCGGAGCGUCUCUCAGUCCACAUUCCACGUCCCGUUGUCACCCACCGAAGUGCGCUCGGGCAGCGUGAGGAACAUCAUCCAGCAGUUUGAGAAUCACACCGAGCUUCCAGGAGAGGAGGACGGGGAUGGUGCGGACCCCCAGAGGCUCUCCUCGAGCAGCCUGGGAGAAGAAGGCAUGGACAGCCCCACGGUCUCGGUGCGUCUGGGACGCAGUGGGUCGUUGAAGGCUCAGGGAGAGGACCGCCGGCGGGGCGCCGUCCCCGGUGGCGACUCCGUGCCGCGCUCUCGAAGCGACGUGGACAUGGAGGACUGCGAGGAGAGGGAGCAACCUGGCCUCCGGCUGCUCCAUCUCAGCACCUCGUCGUCCGCGUCCAGCAGCUCUGCUCGGUCUCUUGAGAACCCUACACCCCCAUACACCCCUCGGUCCAGACGCAGGAGCGUGGACUCCCAGCUGGCCCUGCUGCCAGACGCUGUGGUGCUGGAGGACGAGGUCUGUGACGGUCAGAACUGGCGGGACACGGUUCCCCCCGAGCUCCUGGCAACUCUCAGCCCGAAGGAGGUGGAGCGGCAAGCGGUCAUUUACGAGCUCUUCACCUCCGAGGUGUCCCACCUGCGGACCUUACGGGUCCUGGAUAAGGUGUUUUACCGGAAGAUGAGAUCUGUGCUGAACCCCGAAGAGCUGGCCUGCAUCUUCCCAAACCUGCCGCAGGUCUACGAACUCCACGCAAGUCUCUGUGAGGAGAUGAAGAAGCGAAGAGAAAGUCCCAUCGUUCAGGACAUCGGAGACGUCAUGCUGGCCAAGUUUGAAGGAGCAGCCGGCAGCGAGUUUCAGGAACACGCGUCGCAGCUGUGCUGCCAGCAGACUCAGGCUCUGGAGCUCAUCAAGAACAAGAAACGGAAAGAAUCCCGCUUCGCCCAGAUUAUCCUGGAGUGUGAGGCGAGUCCUCAGUGUCGGAGGCUGCAGCUCAAAGACCUGCUGGUGUCUGAGAUGCAGAGACUCACCAAGUACCCUCUGCUGCUCGACAACAUCAUCAAAUACACGGAGGGCGGGUCGUCGGACCUCCCGUCGCUUCGGCGCGCCCAGGCUUGUUGCCGGGGGAUACUGAAGGCGGUCAACGAGGACGUGAGGGAAACGGAGCACCGGCAACGCCUCAGCCAGUACCAGCGCAGACUGGAUGCUGCGCCUCAGUUCAAGAGUCUGGACCUCACCACCAAGACGAUGAUUCACGAAGGUCCUCUCAUCUGGAAGGUCAACAAAGACAAGCAGAUCGAGAUCCAAGCGCUGCUGCUGUCAGACUGCCUGGUCCUCCUUCAGAAAGGCCCCGACGAUCGGCUGCAGCUACGCUAUCCGUCCCGCUGGUUGGGAGGAGCAGGAGGGGUCAUGGUGGACAACAAGCCCUCGUUCAGUCCUCUGGUGAAGCUGGACGCGCUGCUUGUCCGCUCCGUAGCCACAGACAAAAAGGCGCUGUACAUAAUCAGCACUGCGGAGACGCUGAUUUAUGAGCUGGUGGCAGGAUCGCCAUCUGAGAAAGACACCUGGAUAGGUUUACUUGAAAAGACCACCAAAGCUUCAUCUCCAAUGACCAAUCACAGAUCACUUUCUGUACCUUCUCCCAGACUACGCGGCACUUCACCCGUCUUAACUGAAGUCAACCCUGUGGAGGAGCAGGUGGGUUUCAUGGAGAGCCUUCCCUCCAACCAUGGCGCCGUGUUGGGUGACCUUCCCUCUGACCAACUUGGAGCUGGUAGCUGUGAUGAGAACCUGGCAGUCGGAGUGGCCGACGCCGCCCUACACGACGUGGAAACCCUGCGGAAGCUGCUGUUACCAGAUGUGGAGGAGGACAGGUGGAGCCACGACACAGAGGACACACCCACCAACACCAUGAGCAACGGAAACGCUGAGAGACGGCGGCAGGAGUCCACGGAGACCGUCCUGGACCUCUGCAUCAACGAAUCGGAGCCCAAGCAGCCGGAGGCUCCGCCCCCAGACAGCAGGCAGCCCGAUGUUAAGGUCGUGAGGAAAGCUGUGGUUGCGGGUGCUCCUCCUCCUCCUCCUUCUUCUUCUGUCCCUGAGGACAUCACUGACGGUGUUAGCCUCCCCUCCGAUCUGUCGUCCCAGUCUGGAGGCGAGGCCGGCACGCAGGGGAACAUGUUCUACCUGGUGUUACCCUCAGAGCAGGGCGAGAGCGCCACCGACGACCUCCCUGACCCUCCUACACCCACCGCCAGCCACUUCCCGCUGCCUCUAGAGGAAGUGACGUCAGCACAGACUCGACCAGAGGAGGAAGCAGCCGCCUGCAGCCCCGAGUUCAGCCAAUCAGAGACAGAUGCUAUGCAAAUGGAGGUAGAUCUAGAGGAAGAAGAAGAAGAAGAGGAAACGGGCCCAGCACAGGCUGGACAACAAAGCCACGUGAUCAAAAACGUAGAUGAGAUUUUUGUCGCCAUCGAGAGUUUGACGAGCAAGUUGCACAAAUUGAAGGAAAUUGAGAGGGCCCACCAGAAGCUGCUAGAAUCGCUCAGAGAUCCCUCCUUCAGUCAGGAGUCAGAGGACCAACCGUGUCGCUCUGCAACCGUCUCCAGGACGCCCUCCAUGGAUCGCAGCUCAGUAGACGGUAAGGAGGGAACCCCAGCAGAGCCCAAAAUCCUGUCAACUGGAUUCUAAACUGAUUCGCUCGCUUUCAGCUAAUCUCCACAUGUAUAUAGGUUGAACACUACUAAGUCUGGGGGGAUCUGAAUGCACUCCUAUGUGCGUCUUGUCCAGAUCACAUGGGAGACAGAUGGAUGGAUGGUGAUUGACUGUUGUUAAAGGAGAAGGCAUGGAAGUCUGGAGAUAGCUAGGAAAAACUAGGAGGAAAUAAAGAGAAGUUUGCCGAUGAAGAGGAAGAAGGAAGUUUGAUGAACUGAAGUUGGGAGCAAAAUGGACCAAGUUGGAUUUUUGUGAAGGAAAAACAAGACAAAAGACUGUUUGGUUCUGUAGAGCUGGUUGAAGGAAACGGAGCAGAGAGGUGUUGAAAUGUUAAUUUAAGGAAACUUUCCUAGGGACCCGUCACCCCAGCACUUUACCCGUAAUGCAUCCCCCCAACCCCCCACCCCCCACCCCGUCGUGUCCGGACCGAAUGAGGAGCAGAGGACACUACAUUCACCUUCCACCUCGGCCGAAGGACUGUGUCUGAUUAAUUCAGGUCAUUUGCACUGCGUAAGGAAACCACCGUCACACGAACACAAGCACCACUAAACUCACUAAGUCACUGUGGAGAACUGUUUUUUUUUUUUUCUUUUUUUUUUUUUUUUUACAUUUGGUUUCAGCUUUCAUUGAAGCUACAGGAAGGCUGUUCAUCCAAGCAGGACUAUUACUAAGCUCUUGUUUUACUUUACGUUUUGGGAAACACUACUGCUCUGUUUACUACUGAUAAAGCAGGUAGGUUUUACUUCCUGCUCCCACGGUGUGGAGGGAUCUCUGUAGGUUUACACAGCUGCUCAGACCGUGUGAGGUUUGAUCAUUUGGGAGGUUUCAAUUUGCUACUCGCAACCAACAGUGCUUCAUCCUACAUCCCUUAUACAGUGUUUGGUACAAAAGUGUAGAGGACUAUGAUAAGAUGGAAACUGUGAGGUGCUCCCCUCAGCCGGUGAGUGCUGUUCAUUUUGUGCCGGCCCUUGUACAAGUCAUGCGUAAAGUUUCAGGAAGAAGUUCAGAAAACCUUUGGGAGAAAUAUCAUAUUCAGAAAAAAAAACUAUUUCUUUGGGGAAAGCGCUUGCUUUCAUGCAUGUUAGCCUGUUAGCUUAGCAUAAAACUGGAACACGUCACAUGUAAACAAUGGUGACAUUCACCCACAAGCACCUCAAAAACUCAUCCAUUUUUUUAUACAGAUUAUAUUGACAUGUCAUCAUUUUAUUACUACUAGCUGUGAAUUUCAGUAGAUUUGCACCAGAACCUGUUCUGUAGCUUAUGUUAAAGGCGUCGUUCUGGUUGUUUGAAGUUGGGUUCUGUGGAGAUGUUAGUAAUGCAAAGUUAAGCCAGAAAGGUUUCGUUUUUUCAUGUCCAGGUUUCGGCUGGAACAUCAUGGGUAGUGGACAGACUCCUCUGUGCCAAAGGCACAUGUGGCCAAAAAUGUCAAAUACAAAAGUAGCGGCUGUUAAAGUGUUUACAUGAACCGCUGAUAUUUUUAAGGUUCCCGUUAUUUUAAUAUGGCAGAAAUUUACUUUGAUCUGAGCCCACCCCUGACUAGCCGUUCGAGUGUAUAUAUAUGAUCUAAAGUCCGUUCUCUUGAUCCAAACUAAGUUGCUUUUUUUCUGAAGGUGUAACCAACUGCAGGUCGGAUAUUGACUGCUGUUGACCGCUUCACAGAACCCCACUUUAAAUAAGCAAAACAUGGCUUCCAUUUUCCUUAGCAUGAAAAACAAUAUUAAGCUUAAAGCGGUAAAGAUUAGCAGCCUACCUUCCUAUUUUCUGUUUGUUGUGUAACUGAUGAAGGUUUUGCGACAUGCUGGUAAACUUUGUGACAGUCAUGUCUUAUUAGCAUUUUCACAUGUCAGCUCCAAGUCAGUCUGCACCUUCGCCAACUCAUAACCACAUUUUGUAACCAUUUCACUGUUUUCUGCUUUCAUUUCUUGCUCCUAAAGGAACCAUUUUAUACCCAUACAGUUAAAGUGAUGUAUCAGUUUAUAAAUAAUCUUAUCUGUGAUCUAAUCUAAUAUAUUUUUAAAUUAAAAGUAUAUUAUUCUAUAAAUAUUUUAUGACACUAUAUGACCCUAAUUUCAUUAGGAGUGGUUGUGAUCCUAUUAGGACCAAUUAUUUCUUAUGAAGGAUUGUGACAACUGGUCAAACUAAAAUAACUGAGGGACCUCCUGUCAGUCAAUCUUCAUUAUAUAACCCAGUUUUCUUAAGUUUAUUGUGGAAAAUAAUCCAAUAGUUGGUUUUCAAAGCAGCAGAGAAUCCAAACACAGAACAAUAUGGCUCCAAAAAAAGCAGAGUACAUAACUGAAAAGUUAAAGUAUAAAAUGGCAAAGAGGCGAAGCGACAAGAAAACAUCUUGCAGUGAAUGGUUCUCUGGGUUUUGUUUCCGUUCCUCAAAAGUAAAAAUAAAUAAAUAAAAAAUCCAAGCUAAGUCCCACAUUAGCAUAGCAUUUCAAGUCAAGCUAGCGCUUUCUAUCCUGAGCUCGCCGAAAUUUGAUCUUGGUCUUUGUAGUCCUGGCAUGAUAGUAAAAAAGUAGAUCCCAUCAACCCAAACUCCUCCUGGAUCGUCUGUUGGAGGUUUUUAUAAAUAUAUUAGUUUUGGUCCUGGCCGAGACACCCAAACCAAGUGCUUUUCUCCUCUUUUUUAACUUAAUCUUUACUAAUACAUGACACAAACUACACAUUCUUUUGUACUAACCUAUAUGUUUCUUCAAGUUUCUACAUUCUCACAGAGGCUUGUGUGAAACACUGGAGGGAUUUAUUCUGAGGUUGUUGUUUUUUUUACCCCCACUGGUAGCGAUUACACCUGCCUUACGUUGCACCUCGCACCUGAAGCUGACACACUAGCAGCCUCUCUGUGUGCUGCUAGAAAGAGGUUUCCUGUCCGGUAAAAGAAAAGUAUUUUAUGCUCUCGGGACGAGGAACAGGAAGAAAGUAGCAUAUGUACAAAUUAAUAAAAUGCAGCUGAAGGAAAAAAAUAAAAAGACUGACAUUUUAAUUACAGCUGAUCCUGAAUAAACUUGCAAAAGGAAUCCUAAAGUUGGGAAGUGAUCUACCAAAGUGAGGGGCUGAAGGGAACACUUUUUAUUUUAAUUUAUCAUUUUGGCUGCUGAUUUUCCAGCACCACAGACCAGCAGAGUAAUGUGUUGUUUUUCCCCAGUCCUCCAUUUUGAAAACUCAGCACAAUAAAAACAAAACAAUAACAUAUGAUUGUCUCUGGUCUGAAUCAGGAUCAGUUUCUGUUUAAAUCUCUUUUCCUCCAUCUCCUCUUUUUUCCCUCCCCCUCCUCUACUAGUCAACUACAGUGGUUGUAUUUCCUGUUUCUACCUCUACACUUCGAUGUAUCUUCCUUUUUAAGCAUUAACUUUGUACAUUGACAUCAAUGUUGUGACCCUAACUGGCUGGAUUGAAAACAGCUCAAACUGAUUACAAUAUAUAUAUCUAUAUAUAGAUAUAUAGAUAUAUAUAUAUAUACACACACAUACGUUGCACAAAUGAAUUUCCCUGCACAGUGCAAACUACUGUAUGCAUAAACACAUCUUUUAAUUUCCAUCUCAUUGUCUUUUUAUUUGGUCUCAGUCAUGUGUAAUAUAGAGAAAUCCAACCCACUUGUUUUAUAAUGUUAAUUUUUUUUCUUCUUCUUCUGUAAAGCCUUAGUCCUUGUAUUUGAUUUUAUUUUUGUAGACAUGAUUUUAAGAAAUGGAUGCAUAAAUUAUUUUCUGUUUGGUUUUAAACGAUGGGCGCGUUUGUUAGCUGCACAGAAGGCAAACAAGUGUUUUUGGUGUAUGUGUUUUUGUGAGAUUAAAAGGAAGAAACUGGAAGAAGGAAA